GGAUAUGGAAUAUCCAGAAAAUAUCUUGCCUCGUGUAACUCUUCCGAUAUCUGCCCUGAACGAGCUCAAUGCCUUGUGGAUGGAAUCAUUAAUGACACAGCUAGAUGAACAUGCUCGGAAGACGGCUGCCAUGGUACAACAAGAUGAAGAAUUUGCUAGACAAAUUGCUUUGAAAGAGGCGGAAAUGUCUCUUGCGGGGAAAGAACCCGAAGUCCCUGAUUUCAAAGAAAUUAUGGACAUGGAUCUGGCCCUUUCUACAUACCAAAAAGAUAUUGCAGAAUGGCGUAACAAUAUACCGACGAAUUUAGCUGCUAAGAUGACCAGAGAUAAACUUUUUAAUUUAUUCCCUGAUGUUGAAGAAGAUACACUCUCCGAACUAUUGAUGGCUCACGAUAAUAACUUUCAGGCAACUGUCGAGGUUUUGCUCUUGUCUACUGGCCGCGGUGAUGUCCUUGAAAAGAAGAACGGGGUGAAUAAAUUCGUUAUGCAAAAGGAACUUGAAAAGAAAGAUAAAAUACUUCGUAAAAAGAAGAAGGUAUGUAUCUGUUCAUGAAAUAGAUGUAAAAUGAUAAUAAACUGUAGAAUUGCUUUCUGUAGUUUGAGAUCAAAAGCUUCGCAAUCAUUUA